UUCCAAGAAAAUUAUAAAAAGAUGGAGGGUAAAGGGAACGUAAAAGCCCUUUAUGUGAUAGAAAAGAUGAUUUCAGAAAAACAAAGCCUUGUUUCUCUCUCUUAACUCAUCUUACUUUUCUUCUCCUAUUAGUAAAGAUGUAAAACACAAUACUCUCGAUAAAUAAGAGAAAAAAAAACAAUCUCUCCUUCUUUCUCCUACUUGAAAAACAAAAGAUUCCUCAAUCUUGUUCUUAUUUUUCGUUAGGCACAAGUACUCUCUCUAUACACUUCUACUAAAAACCAACACUGUCUUCAGAUAAAAAAAAUAACAAGAAGAGAAAUAUAAAGACCUCAUCCGAUGAUAGACUACGAGAGAAGCAAUAACACCAAGAACGUCAACCAUCAUCGGAAUCCUCCUCCGUCUUCAUCUUCCUCCGAUCUUCUUCCCGAUGGCAAUGGAGCCGCCGUGACCCAAAAGAGGAAACGACGACCCGCUGGGACACCAGAUCCAGAGGCGGAGGUUGUAUCUUUAUCUCCAAGAACGCUACUAGAAUCAGACAGGUACGUGUGUGAGAUCUGUAACCAAGGGUUUCAGAGAGACCAGAAUCUACAGAUGCACAGGAGAAGACAUAAAGUUCCAUGGAAGCUUUUAAAGAGAGAAACCAACGAGGAAGUGAAGAAGAGGGUCUACGUCUGUCCGGAGCCGACGUGUCUCCACCACAACCCUUGCCAUGCCCUCGGAGAUCUCGUGGGAAUCAAGAAACACUUUCGAAGGAAACACAGUAACCAUAAGCAAUGGAUCUGCGAGAGAUGCUCAAAAGGCUACGCUGUUCAGUCUGAUUACAAAGCUCAUCUUAAAACAUGUGGCACUCGCGGCCAUUCCUGCGAUUGCGGCCGCGUUUUCUCCAGAGUGGAGAGUUUUAUAGAGCACCAAGAUAAUUGCACCAUGCGCCAAUCUCAACCAUCCAGCCACCGUGUACAACAGCAGCAGCAACAUACCGCAAACGCUGCACAAACCGCUUCAACCGCCGAAAAUAUUGACCUCUCUAUUGGUCCAGUUUUACCAGGACAUCCUUUGCUAAGAAAAUCUCCACCGUCUGAUCAACAACCUUCGGAUUUUUUUUAUCCUUUCGUUGGCUCAACCGCUGGUAGUGGCAUUGAGCUUCAGCUACUUCCAUCUCGGGCUAGUGCUGAUGAUACCAACCUUAGUCUGUCAAUAGGGAUGGAUACGACAAUGCCAAGCUACGAGAAGGGAGAGACGAGCUUACUAUUGGGAGAAAGGGAGGAAGCAAAAAGGCAAAUAGAGAUUGCGGAACUGGAGUAUGCUGAAGCCAAGAGAAUAAGGCAACAUGCGAGAGGUGAGCUUCAUAAAGCGCAACUUUAUAGAGAAGAAGCAAGUAGGAGGAUUAGUGCAACGAUAAUGCAAAUCACUUGCCAUAAUUGCAAGAAACACUUUCAAGCUGUUGCUGCUUCGUCUCCUUCUCCUCGUCUUCCACAGCCACCUUGUACCGAUGAGAGUACGUCUCUUGCCGUGAGCUAUGCGUCAUCGGCGACGACCGAAGGUGAAAAAGCGAGUGAUAGAGCAUCUUCAUAGACCUUGAAAAGAGACGCGAAAGAAACAAAUAUGCUUCCCUUUUUUGUAAUUUGAUUGAAAUUGAAGAUGAUCAUUUUUAAUAUUCUUUGUUGGGUUUUAAUAUAAAUUCUUGGUUUGUUUUUUUUCUUAAACAAACACAGAAGAGGAGGGGUUUGUUAUAUGGAAUAUCAAAUAUGUGGUUGUCUGUUGCUGGUUCCUGUAUAAUGUAAUUUUGGUUAGUGCAAUGAA